ACUAACUAAGCUUAAUUCUCCAAGCAGGUUAAAACGGAAAUAGCCAACGGAGGACCAGAGGGAGACACCAAGCCCAGCACGGCCUCCACCACCACCACCACCACAACUAUUACAACCACGUCUACAACUACCUCCACCACCACCACCACCACUCCACCACAGACUAGUGAAGGUUGUAACGUUAUUGGUGACGGUGACGGGAAUAAAGUGGCUGGGGUCUGCUCCGGAGUGGCCGCCCUCGAUGGGUCUUCGAUGCACCAGCUGCACCCCUCAGAUGGAGGGGAUGGGAGCGCCUACGGGCCCGGCAUGGGCAACGUGGGCGUGAAGGGCGGGGCAGGCGCUGGGGUGGCCACUAGCGAUGCCCAGUACAUGCAGCAGCAGAGUCAGAUCUUCGUCUUCACGACGCACUUGGCGAACAAGGCUGCGGAGGCCGUCAUGCAGGGCUCCUUCAACACCAUCAUCGCCUUCCACUGCGCGCAGCCCGGCACCAAGAAACUGCUGGAGAAGCACCCGCUGAAGACGACACAGUUCGUGCGCCAGAAUCCCGCCCAUUGGUUCAAUACCUUGGCAAUGAAAGGAAACAAAGGAGGACAUGGCAAAGGGCCCAUGGCACCGAAUGGCCCCAUGGGUCCCGGUGGUCCAAUGGGUCCUGGCGGCCCCAUGGGACCCAAUGGCCCCAUGGGACCCAAUGGCCCCAUGGGACCCAAUGGCCCCAUGGGGGAGAUGGGCCCCAUGAUGGGCGGGCAGGGCAACGACGGCAGCAUGAUGGGCCACGCGGGAGGAAUGACGAGUCCCGGCAUGAUGGGCCCAGGCAACAUGAUGGGGCCCGGACCAAACGGCGGAGCCCCAGGGAUGAUGGGGCCGAGAGGCGGCAUGAUGGGUCCCGGCGGUCCCGGGCCCGGCAUGGCGGGUCCCGGAGGCCACAUGAUGAGCCACAUGAUGGGCCCCGGCGGGCAGAGGGUGCAAGAUGUGUCAACAGGUGUGAAGGUACCUGAUGAUCACUUGACACCCGAGCAGCGCCAACACCGAGAGGAGCAGAUGGCCAGAUUACGUCAGAUGCAAUUGCUUUUGUUGCCGGAGCUGCACUCGCCCAGCCAGAGCGACAGCAACCACUCGGGGCCGCAGCCCUCGUGCUCCGCCGGCUCCAACAGCACCAGCAUGAUGCCCUGCUCGCAGACGCAGGCACCGACGUCGCAGACCUCUCAGACGGGCCAGCCGGGCACGCAGACCACGCCCGUCACCUGCAUGGGGCCCUCCCCGGUCACCUGCAUGGGGCCGUCCCCAGGAAUGGGCCCCAGUCCGAGCAUGGGGCCUUCUCCCGGGAUGGGGCCCAGUCCAGGAAUGGGACCCAGUCCGGGAAUACCCAAUACGAGUAUGGGCCCCGGCCCUGGAAUGGGGCCACAAGGAGGCAUGGGCCCGGGCCCGGGAAUGGGGCCUGGGAUGAAUUCGGGGCCUGGGAUGGGCAUGUCACCUGGGAUGAUGGGUCCCGGGGGCCCCAAUACAAUGGUGUCACAAAGUGGAGUGAUGAUGGGCCAAGGUCCCAUGGGUAAUAACAUGAUGAUGACCUCGCAAGCUAACAUUAUGGGUGGCCCUAUGGGUCCAGGUGUUCCUGGAAUGAGAAUAGGUCCUAAUGGACCCCAGUCAAUGAUGAUGGCCGGCCCGAACCCAGCGUCCUCGAUGGCAGCGCAGGUCGAGUGGCAGAGAUUACAAGCUGAAUUCUUCGAGAGCAAGAGGAAGAAGGGCGGCCCUGGAUGCGGCGAUAACUCCAUGGGCCCAAUGGGGCCGAUGGGCCACAUGGGCCCAGGAGGACCUAUGGGACCUGGAGGGCCCAUGGGACCAGGGGGCCCUAUGGGUCCUGGUGGGCCUAUGUGUCCAGGAGGACCAAUGGGUCCAGGAGGCCCCAUGGGCCCCGGAGGGCCUAUGGGUCCCGGUGGUCACAUGGGACCUUGUGGCCCCAUGGGACCUGGCGGCCCCAUGGGUCCAGGAGGGCCAAUGGGGCCAGGUGGUCCGAUGGGGCCAGGAGGGCCGAUGGGCAUGGGCGGCGGCCCAAUGAUGCCUGGAUCCAUGGGCGGCAUGGGCCCGGGAGGCAUGCGAGGCAUGGGUCCCGGCUCUCGCAUGCAGGGCCCCCCUCCCCCGUACCAUGGGCCGCGCCCUGUGGGUAACGGCCCUCUGCCAUCCCCUGGAUCCCCGUCCAUGUGCGCCAUGACAUCGCCACGCAUGCCUGGAGGAGGCCCCGGCGGAGGGCCCGGAAUGAGGAUGGCUGGCCCCGUGGACUCUCCGCGGCCGCUCAUCCCCAGCAACCCCGCCACGCCCGUGAGCGGCCCGCCCAUCACCAGCCCGUCUCUCCCACAGAAGGACCAGCAGCCACACACACCACAGUCAGGUGAUAUGCCAUUUGGAAGACAGUUGCAGAACUUUGCCCAGCAGAAACACCAAGGGGGCCCUCAGCAGCAGCAACAGCAGCAGCAGGGAGGGAAGGAGCCCAACCAUGCCGUGCUCUCUGCAGAGUACCUCAGUACAUUCGAGGGACAGGAGCUCACGAUACAGAAACAGCCAAACACCAGUCUACGUGAUUCAGACAUCAUACUUGGGGAUACAACUGUAGCAGAUGGUAGUCGAAUGUCAGGCCCAACCACGCCUCUCGGGGGCCCAGCAACCCCCCUCACGCCAACCUCGGAAACAGGGCCUCGUUACACAGGGCCCAACACGCCAGACCGGGCCAAGCAUCCCCGGGUAUGCCAGAGAAUAAUGGUGGCGGCGUUAGAGGCAGCGGCGCGGCCAGGCGGCGGUGGCGGUCAGAAUGCGAGCAGGGCGGGCCAAGACGCCGUCAAUGGACUCGAGAUGUCCCUGUUCCGGUCACCCAAGACUCCGAGCAUGUGCAGUGGACCCACGACUCCCAGCGGACCAGACAAUGUGAACAGGUUCCCAGGAGCCUCGCCUCUCCAGUCGGGUGGGCCAGCUGGACCCACAGGACCUACGGGGCCCACAGGACCCAACAAUUCUUCAGGGCCAACAGGACCCACAGGACCAGCAGGAGCUGGACAGGCCCAUCUGAGCCCAAUCUUGCCCAUCUACUCCACCCAAUGCUGCAGCACCACCACGCCUACCUAUGCCUCCUACCCCUGCCAAACCAUCUGCAAGUCUGUCCAUCCGAUCUCCUUAGUCAGCAGCCUGAGCUCGGGUGGAUCUUUCGCCUUCCGUCCUCCGCCCCCACGGAUGAUAACUAUCACAGGAACAGUAGACAAUGAGGGUAAGGUCCAGGAACUGGACCUGGAGGUCCUCCAGGUGCUCCAGGACCUGGAAUGCCCGAGGACCUAUGAAGAUGCCCGGAAAGGACCUGUGAAGCCGAGAGGAAACCGCAUUGCCCGGAGGAACACUGGGCAUGCCUUGGAGGAACACCGGUAUGCCUGGACAGGACCUGAAUGCCUGGCGGUGUCCUGGUAUGCCCGGAGGUCGGGGAUGCCAGGAAUGGGAGGUGCGACCUGGUUGCCCGGAGGCCCUGGCGGCAUGAUGGACAGCCCCAGGCACAUGAUGCAUGCCCUCUACGUUAUGGUGGCGGCCCCCUCCGAACUGCCACCAUGGACCUGGCCAUAUUCUGGUGCCAAUGUGCAGGUAAAACCCAGUGCCCCUAAUACCAUACAGUACCUGCCUGCCAGACCACAGAACACUGGUAAUGGCCCCAGAGGACCUGUGAGCUUGGACUUUAUACCGAAAUUUAAUAAUCCUAAUGUGGACAGUAAAGUGCCCAAUUCUCCUAUGUUCCCUAACAGUAGUACUCCUAAUUCUAUGUGUGGGCCUAAUGUGCCAAUGUCGACUAUGGCUAUGAGUGGGCCUUGCGGGCCAAUAAGUGGACAUAUGCCUGGACCAAUGAAUGGCCCGGGUGGACCAAUGGGUGGGCCAGGUGGACCAAUGGGAGGCCCAGGUGGACCUAUGUGUACGAUGUCAGGACCUAAUGGACCAAUGGUGAACAUGAAUAACACGAUGAGUGGCCCCAAUGGACCCUUCCCCAUGUCCGGACCAGGAGGCCCCAUGGGAGGCCCUAAUGGUCCCAUGGGCAUGGGGCCGAAUGGUCCAAUGGGUGGCCACAUGGGAGGGCCAGGUGGGAUGAGUGGACACAGCGGGCCUAUGAUGGGCCCCAAUGGACCGAUGGGUGGACCAAGUGGCCCGAUGAUGGGGCCGAACGGACCAAUGGGAAUGAAUCCGAAUAUGAUGAGUGGCGGGCCGAUGGGUCCCGGUGGCGGGAUGAUGGGCGGCCCCCGCGGCGGGGCAGGGAUGAUGCGCGGGCCCAGCCCCGGGGGGAUGAUGACGGGGAUGGGCAGUGAAAUGUAUCCCAUGGGAGGGCCGGGGCCGGGCAUGAGUGGCGGCCCAAUGCCAACCGGCCCGGGACCCAACCCUGGAGGGCCGAACCAGAUGAUGAGUGGAACCGGACCCAUGUAUGGACCCAAGACGUCACCUGUGGGCAUGAACAUGGGGGGACCAAUGGGUGGUGCGCCAGACGCUGCCCAGCCCCUCCCACCGUCAAUGGGUCAGUCCGGUAAUUUCAAGAACUCGCCAUUUAUGGGGCCCACUACUGCUGACCCCACCUAUGCCGCCCAGUUCCACAGCUUCCAGCAGCAACUGUAUGCCACCAACACCCGUGGGGGUCCCAACAUGCACAUGCCUGGACCCAUGAGUGGGCCUGGUGGGCCAGGAGGGCCUGUCGUAACAGGGCCACCAGGAGGUUCCAACGUUCCUGGCCCUGGGCCCAUGCCUGGCCAGGGCUUCCCGUUUAACCCCAAGUGAGGCGCGGGGAAAACUACCUCACAGGUGACCUGGUGCUAGCAGCUGCCGCCCAGCACACUCACCACUAUGCAAGUCAACCCCUCCCUCCUCCCCUGCUGGUCUGCCAGUGGUGGUGGUUGUGGCGGUGGUGGUGAUCCUGCUCAAGUGUGGUGGUGGUGGUGGUGGCGUGCCCCCUCCCCUGCGGCCCCCCCCCCGCCCCCCUGACCAGUGACCCGUGGCGGGUGUGAGGGUCGCCCCCCCCACCCACCCGUGUGCCCGUCCAGUGGUGGGGUCGCCCCCCUGCCCCGCACAGUCCACUCAGUUCUCACUUUUCAGGGCAACUUGUAAGUUUGUAGUUUCAAUACUGUUAACGGGGUGCUUUGUAGUGUAAGUUAUUCUUGCUCUGUUCACCUAUCUAUCCUUCAGUGGUUGUUGACUGCUUGAAGAUUUAUUGCCAGUGCAGUGUUGUGGUGGAACCCAGAUGAUGUGGCGUGGCUCAGGUGUCAAGGAGUGGUGGCCCUGACAACAAACGGUUUGAGCCAGCUGUGCAUUCGCCACACAUCCUGAUGUACUGACUAGACUCUUGCCGGUGGUUCUGGUGUUCCCUCAAGCAGCCUUGAGUGGCUGCUGCUCAGAGGCACAGCCAAUAGAAAGCCACCAGUGCUGUGUGACGGUGCAGCUAAAAGACUUCGUUAUCCUUGUUUUACUGAAGUAAAGUUGUUUUCCUAAACCGACAAUCAGUCUUGUCGUCAUGUGUGUGGGGGCAGACUUUGAUACUCUGCUUGUGGAUUAUGCUGCUGAUGAAACGUUGAACAGCAGAAAAUACAAUAGGCUGGUUGUGCCAUGGUCAUUUCCAGCAUAAAAUGCGUCAUGGAAGGUGCUUCUUCUGCCCCACUGCACUGGUUGAUCAAAAUGUCUACUAUGACAUCAGCAUUGUACAAAUUGUUGAGCCCUCUCUCAUACCACACUUACAUCCACUGCAAUGCAAUAUUCAUGAAUGCAGCUGCUUACUUGAUGAAAGUGAUUUUGUUUAAUGGAUGUAAAGUCCAGGUUAAGUUCAUCCCUUAGAAUGGUGAAUAUUUGUAUGAACCUUCUUUGUAUCAUUGUAAAGUUUGUAUUAUAUGUAAGUUUUUGUGUUUUUUUCCUUUUUGUUUGUUUUUUAAGGUCACACUUCUGAAGCUACGGGCCGACCCUGAUGUUUUGGCAGUAUUUUAGAAUGUAAUUUGAAGGAUGUGAACAUUUUUAUUAUUGACAAAUUUUACAUAAAAUAAUUUUACAAGAAA